AUGACCAUGGAGAUGGCAGACAGCUUCUUCACAUGCCGUAGUGACCAGCUGUUCACUGUACACAUAUGUCACGACUAUCUCGCUUGUCAGAUCACUGCUAAGCAGAUGCAAGCAGUCUGUGCCAUUCAGUCGAGAGAGCUUCUUGGCGGCAGGUGGACGGUUCAGGAUUCAACAGACGCCCCCAACGUGGCGGCUAUGUAUCAGCCUACCAACGGAAUUUCCAGCUGGGUCAAGGAGAGCGUCGUCACAGAAGCUGAGCCCAAGAGCCGAGGUUAUGUUAUAGAGAAAUGGAUCCUUAUCGCACAGCAUCUUUUCCAGCUGAACAACUUUGAUGGACUUGUGGCUGUUAUCUCAGAUCUCGAUGAUACUUCAGUGUUCAGGCUUCAUCAGUCUUGUGAUACUGUAUCAAUACAGGCCAAGGAGUCAAUCCGCUCCCUCCGGCGGAUCGUUGACCUAUCUCAGAACCACAAGACGCUUCGACCGUUGAUCUCGAGUUCCUCGGCUUCUCGCCUUCCUUCCCAGGUUCAUAUCUGA